AUGUUUCGAAGGAUAAAUCACUUAUGUCUUGCAGCUGACAAUCCGGAGCCUUUCUUGCCAGUUGUGAGUGGCCGCCCUGAUCGGGUGGAAAGAGUCUUAAAAUCUAGGUUUCAUGAUGUCAUGACAAAACUGCAUCCCCAUGGAAAAGACCUUGACUUGUUAAUUGUUAUUUUACCUGAUAAUAAUGGAUCUCUCUAUGGUGAUCUAAAACGGAUAUGUGAGACAGAUCUCGGCAUUGUCUCCCACUGCUGUUUGCAGAAGCAUGUUUACAAGAUGAGCACACAGUAUCUUGCCAAUGUGGCCCUGAAGAUUAAUGUGAAGUUUGGAGGGAGAAACACAGUGCUGGUUGAUGCCAUCUCUAGGCGCAUACCCCUCGUCAGUGAUCGGCCUACUAUCAUUUUUGGUGCUGAUGUUACCCAUCCCCACCCUGGCGAGGACUCUAGCCCAUCCAUUGCUGCUGUUGUUGCUUCCCAAGAUUGGCCGGAAGUUACAAAAUAUGCAGGUUUGGUCUGUGCUCAAGCCCAUAGGCAAGAGUUGAUUCAAGAUUUGUAUAAAACCUGGCAAGAUCCGGUUAGAGGGACUAUUACUGGUGGCAUGAUCAAAGAACUGCUUAUUUCUUUCCGUAGAGCAACUGGACAGAAGCCACAACGAAUUAUCUUCUACAGGGACAGUGUCAGUGAAGGGCAGUUUUAUCAAGUGUUGCUUUAUGAACUCGAUGCAAUCCGUAAGGCAUGUGCAUCUUUGGAACCAAACUAUCAGCCCACUGUUACUUUUGUUGUGGUUCAGAAACGUCAUCAUACUAGGUUGUUUCCCAAUAACCAUAACGACAGGCGUGCAGUUGAUCGAAGUGGAAAUAUACUCCCCGGCACUGUCGUAGAUUCUAAGAUCUGCCACCCUACCGAGUUCGACUUCUACCUCUGUAGCCACGCUGGGAUACAGGGUACAAGCCGGCCAGCUCAUUACCAUGUCCUAUGGGAUGAAAACAAAUUCAAUGCUGAUGCUCUUCAGUCACUUACCAAUAACCUUUGCUACACAUAUGCGAGGUGCACACGCUCUGUUUCCAUUGUGUCUCCUGCAUAUUAUGCCCAUUUGGCUGCUUUUCGUGCACGCUUCUACAUGGAGCCGGAUACAUCGGACAGCGGGUCAAUGACAAGUGGGGCUGCUGGUCAAGGUGCUGGUCCAGGGCCAAGGAGUACAAGGUCAGCUGCAGCACAUGCUGCUGUUAGACCCCUGCCUCAGCUUAGAGAUAAUGUGAAGAGGGUCAUGUUCUAUUGUUAAGCGCGUUCUCAACGUUGAUGAUGCUUUGUUAUUAAUUUGUUUGUCGAACUGAAUUAUUUAACCAACUGAAUCUCUGAAACAUGAUUUGUAUCUUCUGUUGAAUUUGGUUGUGUUGCAUUGAA